ACCGAGAUAAGGGGAGGUUUCCCGUUUCCGAGUUUCCGGCUGUCACCCGGCUAGACGCCUGCCACUGUGCUUCGCUCCGCGUUAUUCUCUCUCGCUCGCCCAGUGUUUAUAAAAUAUACUCGUACGUUUUUCAUCUCUUCCCUCCGAUAUCGUCGUGUCGCCUCCUCCCCCUCCCUCCCAUCCACCCCCUAUAGCGGUGUGUUUCUACGUGAAUUACACGAAUGUAAAAAGACAAAAAACGUUGUUGUACGACGACAAGAAAACUGUUUAAAUUGUGGAUCUUACAUUUACAUUCCUCAGAUUACAUGCUCUAGGGUACAGUUUCAAAAGGAGAGAGGGAGAGAGAGAGAGAAAAGAGAAACAAAGAUUGGUUAAAUUGGUAUCAACAUGGCUUGGCGUUUCAAGGCUUCCAAGUACAAAAAUGCCACGCCGAUUGUACCAAAGCCCGAAGCCUGUAUACGUGACAUAUCGGUCGGUUCAUAUCAGACGUAUGGCAAUAAUAUUGCCGCUUCAGCAGCUUUUAUGGCAUUUAACGUUGAUCAUAAUGGAUCGAGUUUGGCAGUCUUGCCACUGGAAGACUGUGGCAGAAAGAGCAAAACAAUGCCAUUACUUCACGCUCAUGCGGACACAGUGACUGAUAUGGAGUUCUCUCCGUUCCACGAUGGCUUAUUAGCAACUGGUUCACAAGAUUGUCUUGUGAAAUUAUGGCACAUACCAGAAGCAGGAUUAGAGGAAUCUUUGUGUAAUCCUGAGUGCACAUUUUCACACAGGCAGAGGCGGGUCGAGGUUGUUCGUUGGCAUCCAACCGCUGAACAUUUACUGACCACAGUUUCAUACACGAAUUUGUCGUUGUGGGAUGUCGUCUCGCAGCAAGAACUUUUCUCAAACAACGAGCACUCGGACGUGAUACAGUCGUUGAGCUGGAAAUCGGAUGGGACGUUAUUGGCAACGUCGUGCAAGGAUAAACAAGUACGCGUGUGCGAUCCUCGAGCUCCAAAAUGCAUCGUUAACUCUUGUCCGAGCCAUCAGUCGAUCAAAGACUCGCGAAUCGUCUGGCUCGGUAACGGCAACAGAAUAUUAACGACUGGUUUUGACGCUGUUCGCUUGCGUCAAGUCUACAUCAGGGACCUUAGAAACCUCAACGAACCCGUCAAAACAAUCGAGCUUGAUUGUAGUACCGGAAUUUUGAUGCCUCUAUUCGAUCCUGAUACGAAUAUGCUUUUUCUGGCGGGUAAGGGAGACACAACCAUUCUUUACAUGGAAGUUACGUCCAAGGAUCCGUAUCUGGUUGAGGGUAUAAGGCACAGUGGCGAGCAGACAAAAGGUGUUUGUCUCGUGCCCAAACGUGCUCUCAAUGUAAUGCAAGCCGAAGUUAAUAGAAUCUUACAAUUGACUUCAAAUAUGGUCAUUCCGAUAAUGUAUCAAGUUCCACGAAAGACCUAUCGGGACUUUCACGGUGACAUAUAUCCGGACACAGCCGGCUGCGUUGCCCAAAAUACUGCAGAGGCAUGGAUCAAAGGUCACAAUGCUCCAGUGCCAAAAAUAUCCCUCGAUCCUGCCAAACGGACCAAGGGUGAAGAAUCCGUUACUAUACACAAAGGAAAUUUAGCGAGCUUGAAAGAGACACAACAAGAAAUUAAGGUGGAACAAACGAAGGCGGCAAAGUCGUUACACGCGACGCCAAAAGGUUUCGCUCAGCCGAUAAAACCGCUUCAACCUGCGUGCCCGGAAAAAGAAAAAAAGACGGAGAUGGAAUUGGAAAAAUUAGGGGAAAAAUUGCAGGACGAAUCACCUCGCGCCCCCGAAACUGACGACGACAAAGUGAAGAUGCAAAAUAGCAGUGGACAAACGAUACCGCCGAAACCGUUGCCGAGAUCCUCCCGAGCUAACAGUAUUUCUGAGGACGAACCAAAACCCGUUGCACGACCACGCACUUCGCCGAGCCCUGGAUCUGUCGUCACUUCCGUAAAUCCUAAUAUCGUCGGCGGUUACAAGCCUCGUCUGGGACCAAAGCCGUUCCAAGCAAAAUCGGGGAGUCAAGAAUUCUCGUUUGACAAGGUGUUCUCGGUACCUCAGGCGCCAAAUAGCGAGAACAAUGGUUUUCAAAAUGAGACGGGAGUAAUGGUUGGUGAAACAAACGGUGACGCGGAGAAAUCGCCGACCGAAGAUAUCGAGAGAAUAAAAGAAACGGAAAAUGGAAAAAGUGACUCAAGCUCGAUGGAGGAAGACGCAAAUUCGAGUGACUCGGGCUACAAGCCAAAAACACCAAGCACCGCUGAAAGGCGCAAAGUAUUCGAAACGAAAGUUAAAGACGAAUCACCGGAGAAUGAGGAAUCGGGCAACUUUGAGCGUGGCAAUUUAAACAGAAAUUCAAUUGCAGAAAGAAGAAGGCUUUACGAGAGUCGUUCCGUCUCCGUAACCGAUGGCAAUCUUGCCGAAAAAGCUAUGGGCUCACCAACUGCUCUCCGAAGAAGAGAUUCCUUCAAAGCCAAAAGCGAAAUUAUCAAAGAGGACGAAGUCAAAAAAAUCGUCCCGAUGUUGCGCCAGCAGAGCAUGGAUCCGCGGCUCGAAAAACCCGAACCCAUUACAACGCCGACCCCUAAGAGGACCUCCACUGUUUUUGGUCGUGUAUCGAAAUUCAGACAUCUGAAAGGAACUCCGGGUCACAAAUCAACGCAUAUAGAAAACAUAAGGAAUAUAAGCCGUCAGAUUUCCGGUGAAUGUGAUGGUUUUCACGCUAAUUCCGAUCGUGUCGCUGUUCCUCUGAGCGGACCAGGUGGCAAAAUAGCCGUUCUCGAAUUGAAAAAAACGGGACGAUUAGCCGAUGGUGUAAUGCCUGCGCUUGUUCAUGGUGCAAGUAUAAUGGACUUUCAAUGGGACCCCUUUGAUAAUCAGAGGCUCGCAGUCGCUUGUGACGACGGUAUAAUAAGACUGUGGGAAGUGCCGGAAGGUGGUUUGAUCGAGCCAACAAACGUGCCAAAAUAUACGAUCGAGGCUCACACCGACAAGAUAUAUUUGAUUAAAUUUCAUCCACUGGCAUCGGACGUUCUGGCCUCCGCGUCUUACGAUACGACCGUUAAAAUUUGGGACUUGUCUCCAUUGGGUGCGGGCGAAUCUGCAAUAGGAAAGAUCACAUUGACCGGUCAUACAGAUCAAAUAUUCAGUUUGGCGUGGUCACCGUGUGGACAAUAUUUGGCAAGCGCGUGUAAAGACGGCAAGCUCAGAAUUUAUAAGCCGCGAAGCAGCGAGACUCCGAUAAAUGAGGGAAAAGGGCCCGUUGGCACGAGAGGAGCUCGCGUCGUUUGGGCCCUUGAUGGACGAUAUCUGGUCGUUAUGGGAUUCGACAAAGUUUCGGAGAGACAAAUUUUGAUAUUCAAAACUGAUAAGCUCAAUUCACCGGUGAAUUGCGUCGGUCUGGAUGUGUCACCCGCCAUCUUAAUGCCAUAUUACGACGAGGACAGUUCUACACUCUUUCUCACCGGCCGCGGGGAUUCAACGAUCUACGCGUUCGAAGUGACCGAAGAACCGCCAUACUGUUGUCCUCUGAGCCAUCAUCGUUGCGCAAGUUUGCAUCAAGGUCUCGCAUUUUUGCCGAAAAACAAAUGUGACGUAGCUGGUGUGGAGUUCGCAUCGGCGCUCAGACUCACAAAUAAUACGAUAGAGCCAUUGAGUUUCACCGUUCCCCGAAUCAAAAGCGAGCUAUUCCAAGACGAUUUGUUUCCACCUACAAAAGUCACGUGGAAACCCACACUUUCCUCCACAGAAUGGUUUAACGGUAUCAACAAACACGCACCAAGAAUAAGUUUAAAACCAGCCGGAAUGGAUUGCCUAACUGAAAAUCAAGGUCAAGGCGUAGUGACGGCACCAGUUUCAGCAAAGCAAUCCAGCGGUCAGUUCAACGUAUCGUCACAGUCUUUUGGUAGGAUGGGCUGGAAUCCCGAGAUGGCCGGUUUGGUUAAGGCAAAACAAGACGAGAUCCAAAAAAAUAUGAGCAACUAUGUCGGGGACGUGAUAGAAUGUUCGCUGGAGCAGGACCAGAUGGAGGGCGUUGACGAACACGAAUGGGAUGAAUAAGGGAGGGCAAUGCCGAAAAAGGACAGAACGAAAAAAGGAAAGCAAAUUUGAUCGAAUAUCGGUAGAAUUUUCCAUCCGCACUCCGCUGAAUUUGCGAAAAUGUUCGUUUCCAGUUAUGAGAUAUAUCGAUAAAGACCGAGCCAUGGACGAAUGGAAAACGGUAUAUCGAUCUUUGCUCGAUUUAUCGAUUUUAUGGUUUCAAUUGAUCGAUUGAUUUUUUUUUUUUAUUAAACCCACGGGUUUUUCGUUGUUUUUUGAGUGCCACGCAAUUUAUUUAUUUGUAAAUUACAUGCAAUUCUCUUAGGACGUAUUGACAGAUUUUUUCGCUAUAAUUAUAAUUAUCAUUAAUUACCGUGUUUAGACACUGUCGCUAUUAGUUGAAUAGCAUGUUUAGCUUCCAUGCGUCAAAAUUGUCGGUGUGACUAAAUGAGAAUUCUCACGAAAGCGUUGCAAUUGACGCGUGAUUAUCGCUCUAGUCUGGAACGUUUCUUAUUAUAUUUUUUCAUACUUUUUUUCGUUUUUUCAAACUCAUGUAUUUAUAUAUAUAUGAAGUAUUUUUAUUUCUCAUUAGCAUACGUAAUCCUAACGCUAAUGGCUUAGUAUUAUAAUUAUACGAAUAUGGGCUAGACUAGUAAUUAAUUCGGUGGUGAGCUUCGUCGUUGCCCUCGUUUUUAAACUGGAAAUCAUCAAAACAUUUGCUCUCUUUAUUCAUUUAAUUCAAUUUUGCACUACAUUGGAGCGUUCGGAACUACGUAAAGUUAAAGCGCACCCAUGUAUCUCAAAUACUCAUGGAGACCGAUUUCGAAAAAAAAAACGACGACGAGGCUCUCCAACUUUGAAUCAUAAAAAAAAGAUCGCUUAUAAGAUCGUGCCAUUUCGAGGUUGCAAAGUAUCCGAAAAUGAAAAAAAAAAAAAAAAAAACGGAAAGGCCGAGACGUUUUUUUGUGCUUUUCAAGCGAAAGUUGUCAGAGCGAGACGAAACGAAGAUCAACGAGAUAUGUAAUGAGCAAACAUAAUUUUCGAAGGAAACAUUGAAACUUGAUGCUUCUCCAAGAGUAAUUGGAUAUUCGGCAUAUUUUGAGAUUGCGCGUGUGAUAUUAGUGAGUGAUAAAACGUUGGAACCCAUUUAGAGAGAAAAUUCGACUCUUCUCUCCAUGCAUUCAUUUCCUUUUCCCUCUUUACCUACUCCCCUUUUUUCGCACGCACACGCUCAAUAAGAUAUAUCGGUAUGAGAAAUACGUUUAAGUAGCGAGUAUACAUUAUGCACGAAUGUAAUUAACGAGUAUCCUUCCCCCGUCCUCCCCCUUCCCCGCCCAUCCUCUAUCCGAUUCCUCAUGGACCUGAAAUUCCAUCAGCGAUUUUGAAGACUCGGAAAACUUCGAAAUGAAGAAUCAUAUCGAUCGAAAUCCAGAGUCCAAGGAGAAUAGUCUCGGUGAGGAAGGAAAAAAAAACUUGAUUUGAAAAUCUUGAAUCGUUGCGAGCUAGGAUCUCCUCGCCAUUCGCUCAAAAACCUACGAUUCGAAACCCAAAUAACCAUGAACCGUUAUGAAAAGAACAAAAAAUAUAUAUCGUCGAUAAACAGACAAUUCCAGUUUUACACCCUUUUUUACAUCGGGAGUUCGAGACGUUAUUUUUUUCAACGUAUGCGUCGUGUUUUUUAACGGAGACUUUUACGAACGCAAGGAUUUUUGCUACGCUAUUUUUUCUAUUACUCGAUACAUUGUUUCGUGAUUGUAAAGCGAUAGGCAAGGAAAAAAAUGUUUGAUGAAAAGAAAAAAAAGGAGCAAGAGCAUAGAAAAAUGAAUGGAAGAGAACGAAAAAAACGUUAUGCGUAAGAAUGUCAUGACCUAAUUGUACGUAAGGAGUAAUAACGUAAUUUUUAAUAUGGUGCUAAGCACGAGUGAUUUGUAAACGACAAGACUAUCUCGCCUCGUCGCUCUCAUGUCACUCGCAGGCAUGCACGCAACACCCUCUCUCAACCAAGGAAAGCACUCGACUCGUCUUUUUUUUUACGGGCAGUCGAGACAUGAAUAAUAAUAAAACAGAACUAAACAAUGAAAGACCAACGAAGUGCCAAAUGAACAAAUUGACUUCGUAAAAAGACCGACGGUCACUCCAACGUCGUACACGACGUGUUCGUAGCUUGCUCCAUAAAUUCCGAUGCAUUCCAUUAAAUACUCUAAAAAUAAAAAUUUCGUAUGUCAUUUACGAAUUAUGCGUUCAACUGAUCUUUUUUUUAUCAUCUAUUAAAUUAUGCACGGCCAUUUUUUACUUCUAUCAUUUGUAAACUGAUCGUUGAUGCCCAUUUCCUUCAUAAUAAUUUUCGAUUUAUCAUCCUCCGGGAAAGAAUUCAGUUUUUCCUUCUGGAAUUCUUCUGCUCUCUAAGAAAUAAUGCCAGAUUUUUUGCGUAACAUUUAAUGCGAUAUUUUCCUACGAUUGUACGGUACGCUUUCGAGAUAAGCAAAUUUAUACCCAUGCUAUAUGAUGUAUUGAAAUUAUUUGUCAAUUUUUUUUUCCUAUUGCCAACAACUGAUUGCAACUUGGAAACAUUUUGUCCUUGCAUUUAUCCAUCAUUGACAGAAUUUCAAUGAUGGAUGGACCAUCGUUUUUGAUGCGAAACUUGCCAUUUUUUCACAAACACAAUAAAAAAAAAAAAAAAAAAAAAAAUGCCUUUUUUAAA